AUGAGUGCUGCUGCAAUCGUAAUUAGUGGUAUGAUCCUUGCGAACCAACAAAGAAGAUGGGAUCAGACUUUCGAAGGCUGGAUUUGUGAGACAUACCCAGAAACUGCACACAGUAUUCAAUCUCAGAAGCCAGAGCUCAGGGAUUAUUAUGUGAGCGUUAUCUCCGAUAUCAUGUGGAAACUUGGGCACAAGCGUACGCUCUCUGAUGCUGAAUUAACCUCCACUUCUGAUCAAUUGGCUCAUCUGACGCAAGCCGGUUUAAAAGUGGAAUGGUUGUCCUCUAAGCUUGAGAGGAAGAAACGUGAAGCUUACUUGCAGACGAAGAAACGUGAGGCUUGUGAAACUCGGAUUCUGGAACUCAAACAAGAGCUCAAGAAACUUGAGAUUGCCAAGUCUGGUCUCAAAGCUGAGUUGAAACUAGAGAAGGCCAAGUUGAAUCCUCGUUCGUUUAGGAAUAUUUGGGGGAAUUGCUUCUCUUGCCUAAACACAUAA